GGUUGGACUGUUUACGCCUGUGACCUCGUGGUCGGGUCGAACAUGCGCAACCUCGGCGCCGCGAGUCUCCACCAACUAGACAUCACCUCCCACGCAUCCAUCGCCGGGUUCAGUCAAGCUCUAGCUUCCCAACCCGUAGAUCUCCUCCUGAACAUUGCCGGAAUCAUGCCCCCCAAGGCCAGCGAUACGUUAGAAACCGUGUCUCUAUCAACACUCACCAAGACUUUCGAGACCAAUACAUUUGGCCCCCUGCUGCUCGUUCAAUCGAUUCUUCCGAAUCUCCUCUCGCCAGAAGCGCGCAAUCCAACCAUCGCGAAUGUGUCUUCGCGAGUGGGGUCCAUCGGGGACAAUUCUUCAGGGGGCGCGUACGCGUACCGAGCGUCGAAGGCGGCGCUGAAUGCGGUGAGCAAGAGCAUGGCGGUGGAUUUGAGGGAGAGGGGCGUCACGGUCGCGAUUAUGCAUCCGGGGAUUGUGAAGUCGGGGUUGGAUCCUGCGUCGGCGGAGCUGAAAGAGGCGGUAGAGCCGGAGGUGGCGGUGAGUGGCUUGUGGGAGGUUUUGAAGCGUAUUGGGCUGGAGGACACUGGGAGGUUUUGGAAUAGGGAGGGAAGGGAAAUAGAAUGGUGAUUUUUGGGGAGGGGUGGAGCUGCUGGUUAGUUCAAUAACAGAAGAGACUGCUUGCCUGUGGGUUGGUUCAUGUAAAGUGGAAGGCGUGAUAGAAUGAAAGGUAAUUAGGCUCGUUUC